AUGUCGUCCCCCAUGAAACAACGCCCCAAUGGCUCGCCCUACCUGCGCCGUGUCAAGCUGGCACUGGCUUGUGUCUCCAUUGCCGCAAAUACUCUAUGCGCUGGGGGGAUAAUCUGCUUCCCGCUCAUAGCCCCCACACUCGUCACCCAACUCAAACUGACACAACCACAGCUGACCACGUUUUAUGCAUACAGCGGAAUGGCGGGUCAGUACCUGUUCGCGGCAUUCGCUGGCAAGGCCAUCGACUAUUAUGGCCCGUGGAUAUGUUCCCUCGCCUCUGCUGUCCUGUUCUCGACUGGUUUCGGGCUCUUCGCUCGGGAGAUAGCCUUGACACCAGUUGAUAUCGUCACGUCCAGUGAUUCAUCGUACCGCAGACUCGCCUUCUAUUUCCUUAUCUGCGCCGCAGGUACCGUAUGCUCAUUCUUAUCGGCCGUGGUUACUGCCUCCAAGAAUUUCCCUCACUAUAUCGGAUUGGCUACUGGGACGAGUGCCGCUCUAUUUGGACUAUCGCCCACGUUUCUGUCUAUCCUCGCCACCCGUUAUUUCUCUCGUCCUGAUACCGGCCUCGACGUCACUCAGUUCUUGCGAUUUCUCGCACUCCUUUCCGGAUUCGUCCACCUAGUCGGCGCGUUUACAAUGCAUGUUCAACCUCCAGUGGAAGAAUGUCUAUCAAAACCGUUCGAUACCGAUACCGAGGAUCCAGCCGAAUUGGCAGACGAGUGCACUUCGUUGCUACCCAAGACGAGCUCCGCCGCAUCAUUCGAUGUAACGCCUGCUACGGAUGAAGACCUCCGAUCACAGUCUGCCCUUGAUAUGCUCAAGGAUUUCAACUUUUGGAUACUCGCCUUCAUAGUAUUUGUCAUCCUUGGUUCGUGUGAGAUGGUCAUUUCCAACAUCGGCACAAUAGUGCUCUCCUUGCCUUCACGAUACUUUCCGACAACAGCCCUCGAUGGCAUACCCUCUGGCGACCUUGCCACCUCUACGCAAACUUCGUUUCUCCUGUCCCAUCGCAUCCGCAACCCUAGCUCGCGAGGUACACUCAGGAAGCACUUCGUUAGCCGUCUCGUAUUCCUUGCCUUCUCGUCGUCCGUCCUCGUAUGUACGUGCUUGUGGACGGUCGUCGGUAUCCGUUCCCAAGCUGCCCUGUGGGCACUGAGUAUUGGAGCAGGCAUCGCAUAUGGUUGCGCCUUCACCAUUCUACCCUCUCUGGUCUCUUCCAUAUGGGGUAUCCACAAUCUCGGACGCAACUACGGCAUCCUCAUUUACGCUCCCUUCCUCGGUACAUCUGUCUUCUCUUACCUGUAUGCGUUCGUCGCUGUGGAACAUACCCCGGCCGACGGGGGCGUGUGCAUGGGCGUACGGUGUUGGCGCGCAACGUUUGAGGUGAGUGGGGUUGCUGCGGCGCUCGCGUUCGUUGCGACGUUGUGGUUGUGGAAAGCUUGGAGGGGGAAGGUGUAAUGAUGCGUGCGCGUGGGUAUACUCGCUCGUUGGCUGGGGAAUAUAUGUUCUCUUUCGGACCAUACCUGUGAAGUACAGUGAAAUUUUACUCGGCUGGAUCGAACCUGGGGCUGGAAUAGCUUGAGUGUCGUGGCGACCCGUGACAUCUUUCCCAGGGAAGAUUUACGGUAAAGCCGACUCUGGGGAUGGUAGCGGACAGAGUGUGUUCCGGAUGACGAUGCCGCCUCUUCCGUUGAAAAGUGAGGGAGUAUUGAAUGCUGAACCGUAAAAUCAAAAGUCAAUUCUUCCUACUUACGAUCCAGUAAUGGUGCCUAUUAGAUCACAGGCGAUAGCUCGUGCUAUAUGCACAUCGUGGACUUCUCUACAAUAGCACUCGGAGACUCCCCCUUCACGAUUGCAUUGC